AUGGCCACAAAACCAAGAACGGUGAUCUGCAUCGGAGACAUCCAUGGACACAUUUCGAAGCUCAAUAAACUCUGGCUCAAUCUACAAUCCGUCCUCACCCCAUCAGAGUUCACCACAGCUCUUGUCAUCUUCCUAGGCGACUACUGCGACCGUGGACCUGAGACUCGCAAGGUCAUUGACUUUUUAAUCUCCCUCCCGGAGAAACAUCCCGAGCAAAGACACGUCUUUCUUGCCGGGAACCAUGACUUCGCCUUCGCGGGGUUUAUGGGUUUGUUGCCACGUCCUUUAGAUGGGUCCAAGCUGAAGGACACGUGGAAUGAGUUCGAGGCAAACGAAGAGAGAGAAGGGUGGUAUAAAGGGCCAGGCUUUGAGGAUAUGCAUGUCCAAGGUAGGAGAUGGGGUGGUAAAAUUAGAGAUCGGUUCGCUACCGUUGGGGUUGAGUAUAUUGGUUCUAUUUAUGAUGCUGGGACGACUUUUGAAUCGUAUGGUGUUCCUCAUGGAUCUUCUGAUUUGAUGGAGGCUGUACCAGAGAGUCACAAGAAGUUUUUGACCAAUAUGGUUUGGGUUCAUGAAGAGGAAGAUGUUUUUGUUGAAACCGAAGAUGGGCUUAAGCAAUGUAAGUUGAUUGCAGUACAUGCUGGUUUAGAUAAAUGGAAGAGCGUUAACCACCAACUAAAGCUUCUGAGAGAUAAAGACACAAGCAUCUCCAAGAUACAACCUCUAAGUGGACGGAAAGACGUUUGGAACAUGCCACAGGAGCUGGAUGAUAAACACACUGUUGUAGUGAGCGGUCACCACGGGAAGCUUCACGUCGAUGGCUUGAGACUGAUCAUCGAUGAAAGCGGUGGAUACGAUUAUAACCCUCUGGCUGCAAUCAUCCUUCCUUCUAAAAAGAUCAUCCGCGACACUGAUAUCUUUUCCAACUGAUUUUUUCAUGUCUUUUUACUUUGUAAGAACACGACCAGCUGCCACAACUUCAAUUGCUGUGUUUAAUUCUUGUUCUGCUUUAUCUUUAAGAAACAUUCUUUCAUCUAAUAACUAAAAAAAGCCUUCAUAGAUAAUAGUGGUAGAGAGGCAUUACAAG